AUGGCGUUUAAUACAGCUAAAUUGGCUGAAUCACACGAGAUCUUCCAGAACGCGAUUGCUAUGGAUAGGUUGACUACGGAUGAGCCGGCUUUUAUGAUCGAGGACGACUUGAGCGACACUUCCAUCAUGGUCAAAACAACUCACCAGCCCGCUAUAUUAGGCCGCCGAUCUCAAACGCCGAUAUAUACUGGAUUGCCAGGUACCAAGAGUUUUCAACUGCUUUACAGCGCCCGGCUUCACACGCCGCUUCGUGCUGGAGAUUGCGGCAGCUGGGCUUACAGCGUGAAAUCGGAGAAGCUUGUUGGGUUCGUUGUAGCGGCCAGUCCCAAGACCGGCUUGCGUUUGGUCAGUCCAGCGGGACCUGCCCUAGAGCAGAUGGCGUCGCUUUUCGGAAGGGCCUUCAGCGGAGCGAGCCUCGACUUUGAAGACCGACCAAGGGACAACGAACGGCUGUUGGCCUCGCGACGUAUCUGCCCGCUUGGGUUCACGACGGCUACGAGCAUAGCGCAGCUCGAUGGUAUCUUCUGCUGUCCUAGUGCCCUGUUGUUCGUCGGCGACCUAAACAUUCACUCCUGCGAGGCGACGUUGACGGAGGCGGCUAUCACGGCUGUCACGUACGAGCAAUGGGAUUGUGCCUCGCAGCUCCCGACCUUCACGUUCGGUCCGGGGCUGACAGGAACGUACGAGUUGGGCUCCUUAAUCAUUCCACAAAACGCAACGAACAUCGUACGAGCCGAGCCAAUCUUGCUUUGGAGCCAGCAUGGUGCCGCUACGGUCUCGCCCCUUACAACCAGUGCAUCAACGUCUUCAACCGGCAAAUCACAGUCAGUGCCCACCUUUGGCAGAAACGACCCAACGAUAGGAGAACAACAAAGCCAAGGCCUGCCGCAGACUGCCAAAGUCGGUAUCGGUGUGGGAAUCUCAGUAGCUGUCCUACUCUUUUCGUGCUUGGUAUUCUUUGUGAUCAGACAACAUCGCAGGAAAAGUUUCAGCACUUUGAAAGACGACGACACCCCAGCCAACUACAGCCGCCACUCUGCAUUCGAGGAGAAACCCGAUCUCGAAGGCAGCGGGCAAACCUACGCGGUGAAGGCCAAGCUCAAUGCCGCGGCGACCCGUGCAGAGCUCGAAGGGUCCCUGGAAGACGAGGGUAAAGCGGGCGUGUAUAUGCUGAAGCCAGAGCUCGAGGGAACCCUUGGCCAACAUGGCGUAGUCGGACAGGUCUACGUGAAGAAGAAGUCCGAGUUGGAAGCUGGGCAUGUGGCGAGUCGACCGGAUGGUGCUGAAAUUGCUGAGUUGGGCGGUACCAGCCCCAUUCUAUGA